AUGGCAGCAUUAUUUAAGAAAGCUUUGAUGAACUGUUUCAAUCAAAAUUUAAGACCAAAUAAAGUAUCAAGUGUAUACGACUGCUGUUUUUGCUAUUGGCUACCUAUCGAUGAUCGUAUGUGGAGUGGUGAGGUGGACUUCAUAUACAUUGAAAACUGGGCUGAAGAUGUAGACUUUACUGAAGACGAUGACUUGAUUAACAGCAAUGUUAGAAAAUCUACUACCAGAUCUACUAAUAGAUUUAGUAUUGGUAGUUACGAAAUCUACAACACUACUUCCUAUGGGAAAUCAUCUUUUGGUAUCAGUGUGACCCUUAUUCGACUAUGUUAA